GAAAAAUACAUUUGUGUGAAUACCCCUUCCCCACCUCCCGUGUAGCAAUUAGGCUACGUCUUGAGACUUUCCUUUCAGAAGAAUUGAUCCGAAUAUUUGAUAGAAAGCGGUGCUUUAAAAAUACUGAAUGGAAAUAACGCGAUACUCAAUGUUUGCUGUCCUGCAAUGCAUGCAACCAAGGCUUGCAGUGGUGAAGAAUGGAGCUGGCCAACCACAGUGUGGUCCUCCUGAAACAGCUCAACGCUCAGAGGGAGUUUGGUUUCCUGUGUGAUUGCACAGUGGCCAUCGGGGAUGUGUUUUUCAAAGCGCACAAGGCUGUCCUCGCUGCCUUCUCCAACUACUUUCGAAUGCUGUUCAUUCACCAGGGCAGCGACUGUGUCCGACUGAAGCCAGCAGACAUCCAGCCGGAGAUCUUUAGCUACCUCCUGAACCUGAUGUACACAGGCAAGCUGUCCCCACAAAUGAUUGACCCUCUGCGGCUGGAACAGGGGGUGAAAUUCCUGCACACCUUCCCUCUCUUACAAGGGAUGGGCCAGGUCAGCCCAAUGGCUCUCUCCCACAGUGAAGUGGGGAUGCCUGUGGCUACCUCUCUAUAUGGGAUACAGAUCUCAGACCAACCCAGCCAGCCCUUCUCGCCUUAUCAGGACUCCUCUCCCUCUGAAUCGGAUUGCUUAUUGGGUGGAAAGUGGGCACUGGGUGAAUCUGGGCCAGCCCGCUUCACCUUAAAAGGUGAAACCAGUGCCGCCCAGUUCACAAUGGAGGCCCAGGGGCCAGAAACAUCCAGCGGGAGCCCAGCAGCGAGUGCCAUCCUCCACAUCAAACCCAGCAUUAUGGGGAGAAAGACCUCCACCCGCAGGCAUUACUCCUGCCACCUGUGCGGGAGCCAAUUUGCCCAGAGGGCCGGUCUGGCCGAGCACCUACUCCUCCAUGCUCAGGCUCUGCUCCCGGAGAUGUGGGUGUCGCCCAGCAGGUCUGCGGCCUCGCCAACACCCGCUGGCGUCACACCAGACCCGCCGCCCCAGGACGAGGAGUGCCCGCGUGGUACUGGUGAUGACGGUGAGAGGGCGCUGUUUGCAGACUCACCCGGGACGGAGGCAGAGGGUUUUUGGGCGGGCACCUCAACCCCUUUGCACAUCGCCGGCAUCGAUAACUUGGAGGGGACUGACCCGGAGCGGGGGAAGAGGCGGCGCAGGUAUGAGUGCGCUACCUGCGGCCGCAAGUUCAUCCAGAAGAGCCACUGGCGUGAGCACACAUACAUCCACACGGGCAAGCCCUACAGGUGUAGUGCCUGUGGGAAGAGCUUCUGCCGGGCCAAGCAAGCCGCCCGCCACGCCUGCCUGGGCCAGAGUCCUGAGUCCUACACCGCUGUGGAUGGGCAUAGUAUGGAACUCUGUGCCAGUGAAGACAGCAACCAGAUGGAGACAUUGUUCCUGGACUCCAGCAAACCGUACAAGUGCAAUGUGUGUGAAUGCACCCUUUCCAGUCCUGCUGAGAUCCUCAAGCACCCCUGCUUUAGCCAGAAUACACCUAUCCUCUCUGGGUCAGGUAACGAGAUGACACUCUGUGAUGGAAAGACUGUGAAAAACAAUGGAUUGAGCUCCUCUCAACUCAUUCAAUCUGAGGACGUUUUAAUUGAUGAAAAAUAUCAUACGUGGAUAUAAAAAAAUAAAUAAUAAUAUAUAUCAAUUAAAUUAUGGUAGGUAGAUAAGGUAAAUAUUUUUUAGUUGUAACAGAGAGUAUAUAAGAAUAUCAUUCUCAGUUUUUUUAGAUGCCUGUUCAAUGUGUUUUUACAUAUGAGAAGAGAAUAAUCAUUUUGCAUGAAUUAUUUGAUACCUUGACCUCAGAUACCUGUUUUCCGUUCAUAAGUUGUUUGAUUCCACAGAGAGAAGCUGGAUCCUAAGUCAGCACAAAUAUUUAUCUAAUAUUAAGAAAUAUACAUCAUUUGUGGGAGAUGAUGACUAGAGCUAAUGUAUAGGCUUUCCACUAGUAUCACCUUCAUUUCCAAUAGUUUUCUUUGGGGUUUAGCUGUACUCAUCCCUGCCGAAACAAUAGACUGACUGCUUUUGUCACUCACAGUGAAUCCACAUAAUUGACAAUGGCUAAUAUUCCUCUCUGAGUUAAUGCAUUGUUUAUCUUGGACAGUCCAAAGUCCUGGUGUUUAGCAUGCGAGACCAUGGCUUGUACAGUCAGGGGCGGUUCUAGGAUUUUUUUUUACUGGGGUGGCCAAGGAGGGGUCCAAGGGUUGUUUGGGGAUGGUCACCAUAUCUCCUGACUUCACGCGCACAUAACAUUUUUGGGGUUAUUUAUGUUUUUUUAAUUGUUUCACAUGCAAAAUCUACUAAGCAUAACUAGUCUACUAAGACUAAACAUAAAUGAAUAGGCUAUAGAUAAUCUAAUGUACAGGAUGACAUUAACAAUGACAAAUAAAUAGGCUAUCACCUCCUUUGUCAUCAAGACCCUUCUCUGAGCUCACUAACAAAAGUUAAGACUUUUCAGUAAACAAAAGCUUUAAGCAAACCACCAAACAAAAAUGCACAACGCACUGAAGAGCCUUGAAAUUGUACCAAUUAUGAUUAAUCUCAAUGACAUAGUAUAUCAUAUGAUAACAAUAUUUGAUGUAAUGUAAGACAAUUAGAUAUUUAUGGAGCAAGAAUAAAAACAAAUUGUUUGACCGUUAAAGUCAUGGACUGUGUUCAGCAGAACAAACUACAAAGUGUAGAGCAAUCCCUGCCAUGAUACACAUAAUACCAAUAUUUACAGGCUUGACUGGAUAAGUAACGCAUCAGAGCUGGUGGGAAUGUGAUUUUGGACAAAGCAAGAAUGCGUAUUAUCAUGAUAUACCUGAGAUUUAUUACAAUAAAUGUAAUUAACUAAGCCUGUUCAAGAAUUUCUGGUCAUUGAUGUCUAACAAACUAACUUAAUAUGAUUAAAAUGAUUAAUUAAAUUAAUUAAAAUUAUGAUAAUAGCCUACACAUUGUUUCUUUGUCCAAAAUCACAUUCUCACCAGCUCUGAUGAAUGUUACUUAUCCAGUCACUUCAUGUUAGUCUUCUUCUGAAUUAAUAGAGAGAGCACAAAAUCGAUAUAACGACAUAAAAAUAAUGAUCUUUAUUAUAUAUAAAUCUUUUAAAACAAUAGAGGGGUCAGACACAGCGAUGUCACAAUGUGACAUGACAAGAAUGUAACAUGUUUACACAUAACAUUUUAAAUAGCUUUUGGAAACUAUAUUAAUUAAUUAUUGUCUUGAGUAUUUGCCUCAAUCAACGUGUCACACAAAAUGUCUAAAUGCUAUAAGAAUUAUGUCCAGCACUACACAGUGGGUGCAAUAUUUUGUAUGCAAACACACAUUCUUUCAAACCGUCUGUUACAACGUUACGUUAGCGAACUAACUAGAUAAGUUCGCCAUUUGGCUAUACAUAUUUAGGUGAUUUAGCUAGAACUACACACGGGGCCAUAUUAUAUUAAAGAAACGCAGCAUUCAAGUAAUUUAUUUCUUGUUGAGACUACCAAGCUAGCUUGUCACUAGUGUUCAGUUUAGUCAGCUAACGUUAGCUAACGUCAGCUAGCUAACAAAUUUGAUAUUAUUUAAUGACGACAUUUAAAUGAUUUUUCAACCCUAACAUUACCAUUCAACAUAUUCAAUAUUUCAACCUGUCACACUGAAGAGCAAAAUAAUGUUUAGAGCCGAACAAACCGCACGAUAAGCUUGCAAGCUGUCCUGUCAUGUCUUGGUGAUUCUGGCUUUUUGCUGCACAUUUGGCAGUCUUGCACGCGGAAAAGACGGUAUCUUCGUAAAAACAGAUUGACUGACAAAACGUGCGAAUCAGAGUGGUGCGUUUUUCAUGCACAUUUGGAAGGAAACUGGAAAGACGGUGCCAAUUAAAAACGGUAUCUUGGUAACGAUAUAGCAGACCGGCUACUUGCGGGGUGGCCAAUCAGAUUUUAGGGGUGGCACCGGCCACCCCUUUAGAACCGCCCUGUUGUGUACAGUAACAGGAUAGUGCAUGGUUAUUAGGUUCACGUUUUCUUUCUUUGUCACUUUUCUGGAGAAAACUGCCCAGAAGUAUAUUGUACAACUACUUGAUAAAGAAAAGUAAGAUCUUUACAGAUAUGUUACAAAGAAUUGAAGGCAGCACUUGCUAGUUGUACUGUAUUGUCUUGAAUAUUUAUGCUUGAAACGGUUGAUAAUGCUCUGAACUUCUGAAAGGGCUCAUAAAGGUCUCAAAUGCAAAGUACCAUGAUUAACACCCCAUACUCUAGGGCAGAGGUGUCGAAUCUUAUCAUAAAAGGGCCGGCGUGGGUGCAGGUUUUUGUUUUAACCCAGCUGUUAAACACCUGAUUAUACUAAUGAACUAGUCAUGGUCUUUAAUCAAGACCUUGAUGAGUAGAAUCAGCUGUCUUAGUCCUGUGCUAAAACAACAACCUGCACAGACACACCGGCCCUUUCUGGAUAAGAUUGGACACCCCUGCUUUCGGGUAAAAAGUGAUUGAGUGGAAGGAUUAAAGCACUUUUGUCCGGAAUCCUGAAAAGGCCGUUAGCUUUAUUCUGUGAGUAGGUUAAAUGGCUUCAAGGCUGUGUCGUUCAUUUAAUGGGUGAUGAUUCAGAAGUCACAGUCUUGCAGCAACCAAGGAUAUAGUUGUGGGAAUAAGAUAAGAAACUUUUGUGGAAAUUUGUCUUGGACUCAAGUUGCGCUGCAUUGCUAACAGAAGAUACAAAACAAAUAACACAUUUAACCAUGCUUACAUUCUUAGAUACAGUGAGCUCCAGAAUUAUUGGCAUCCUUGUUAAAUAUGCACAUAAAUACUGUAAACUGAAAAACAAGUUACAGAUUUUUUUUCCAGCAUGUGUAGAUUGGUGUGCCUUAUUAAUGAUUCGGUGGAAUCAACCAAAGUCUUACAUUUUUUAAAUAAAAAAUAUAUUUCCUCAAAAAAAACUGGUUUCAUAAUUAUUGGCACUCCUGGUUUAAUACUUUUUGCAAACACCCCUUGCAAAGAUGACAGCCAUGAGUCUUUUCCUAAAAUGUGUUAUAAGGUAAAAGAACACAUUUGGAAGGAUUGUUUACUAUUCCUCUUUGCAGAACUUCAGAAUCAUUUAUAUCCUUGGGUUUGUUAGCUGUAUUUUUGCCCUCAACAGUACCAACAGCAAAUUUGUCCCCAUUCUUCCUGGCAGAACACCUCUAGCUCCGAAAUAUUCUUUGGCCUAUCUACAGAUUUUCAAUAAUAUUCAAGUCUGGGGACUGUGGUGGCCAUUCCAAAAUCUUUCCUGGAGGUGCUUAAUGGUUGAUUUCAAGGUAUGCUUUGGAUCAUUGUCUUGCUGGAAUACUCAACCUCUCUUCAACUUCUGGACUGACCUUUGAGCAUUAGUCUCUAGAAUCU